AUGACCGCCCUCAAGGUUCUGUCUUUGACUGGAAAUCGAGGUCUCCAAUGCGACUUCGUGAAAGCGCAGUUUAAGCAAGCUCGACCGGAUCUACAGGUCAUCUGCGAAGAUUCCGCUGGAGAUACCCUUUCCUCUGUUUUCCCUAGUGACGAAGAAAGAACUUCAGAAAAGUCACUCUACGAGCCACAUUCCACCAUCAAUAAUACGAAGAGUAUCAUUGAUGACGAAAAAACCACUUCGGAAAAAUCAUUCACAGAGUCAGAUUUCACCAUCAAAAAUACGAAGAACAUCACUGGUGACGAAAAACACACUUCAGAACAAUCACUCACAGAGUCAGAUUUCACCAUCAAUACGAAGAACAUCACUGAUGACGAAAAACACAAUUCAGAAAAAUCACUCACAGAGUCAGAUUCGGCUAUCGGGAAAACGAUAAAAGAUAACACUGACGAUAUAAAACGCAAUGAGUCAGAUAUCGACAGGAAGAACAAGGAAAAAGAUACCAAUGCGAAUACUGCAUUUGGUAUAGAAACAGGCAUAGAAACUCUGUGCAAAAAUCACAAUCAGAUGACCCUUCUGAACAACCCUUGA